AUUGGUUGCUUGUGCUCUUAUAGCAUCCCACCUCAGGGUAAAAUAGUCAGCUCCUGGCUAUUAUCUAACAGUGACGGAUAUUUCCCAUUCAGUUUGGAAUCGUUACUCUUGCGUUAACGUUCAUUGUUAUAUUUGUACAGCUAGGGGCACUUCUGUUUUGUUUUUUUUGCUCGAGUUGCUGCGGUUGGUGUCGAUAGAACAGAGAUGAGUAGUCCGGAUGCGGGUUACGCCAGUGACGAUCAGACCCAGACUAGGUGCGCGAUGUCAGUCAUGAUGCCUGGGAUGACACACUGUCAGUGGGCAGACCCCCUGAGCCCUCUCGGGGACACCAAAGUGAAGAGCGAGUCGUGCGCUACCAGCUCCGGGAACCAGAACCGUGGAAAGACUGAGCCGCGGAUCCGGCGACCCAUGAAUGCGUUCAUGGUGUGGGCAAAGGAUGAGCGCAAGCGCCUGGCACAACAAAAUCCGGACCUGCACAAUGCGGAGUUGAGCAAAAUGUUGGGGAAGUCGUGGAAAGCCCUUCCUGUGUCCGAAAAGCGCCCCUUUGUAGAGGAGGCUGAAAGGCUCCGGGUCCAGCACAUGCAGGACCACCCUAACUACAAAUACCGACCCCGGCGGAGGAAGCAGGUGAAGAGGAUUAAGCGUCUGGACUCAGGGUUCCUGGUUCAUAGUGUGUCCGACCACCAGAGCACCUCCCGAGUGUGUAUGGAGGGCCUGGGGCUGGGUUACCACCACGAGCAUGGCUACCAGGUGUCGACUCAGUCCCUCGGGCACUACCGCGACGCCCAGGCCCUCGGGGGGGCUUCCUACGAACCCUACAGCCUGCCCACCCCCGACACCUCCCCACUGGAUGCCGUGGAAUCAGACUCCAUGUUCUUCCCCGGCCACUCUCAGGAGGAGUGCCACAUGAUGCCUGCGUACGCCUACCACUCCCAGGGGGCAGAGUACACGCCUCAGGACCCUCACUCCAACCAGCACGCCAACCACAUGCUCCACAGACACCUCUCCUCCACUACUGAGCAGCAGCAAGGCCACCAGGCUGGCCCCAUGCCCCCCUCCUUCAACCAAUUGGCUAUGUACUACAGCCAGCAUUGUAGCCCCAGUCACCCCAAGCGACACCCAGGACAUGGGACAGGACAGCGCUCCCCUCCCCCAGACUCCCACCCAGCGGACCCGGUGGAGCAGAUGCAUCCAUCAGAGCUGAUAGGUGAGGUGGACCGGAGUGAGUUUGAACAGUACCUGAACUCCUCCAGACCUGGGGACAUGACAGGCCUGUCUUAUGGGGCACAUGAGGACAACAUGCAGGGACCUGAGAGCCUGAUAUCCUCUGUGCUCUCUGAUGCCAGCACAGUGUUCUACUGUAACUACACCUCCUAACCUCCUGGUCCUCCCUGUCUCUAUCUACUACUGAAGCUAUUACAGCACAUAACCUGACCUCAAAUGUCUCUUUCUGUCUCCUGACACUAUUUCUGUCUUCUCUCUUUCUCUCUCUCUCUCUUUCUCUCUCUAUCUCUCCCUCUCUGUCUCCCUUUCUCUUUAUGUCUUUCUCUUUCAUUCUGUUACAAUUGAAGGCCAGUGGGAACAGUGGGAUCUCUUUAAUUUGAGGGUUCAAAUUCAGUAUGUUAUUUUCUUUUUGUGUGAAGGGCGUUCAAUGUGUAUCACUGUAUGAGCUAAGAAGCCAUAGUAUGACAUCUGAAUUGUAAUGAUGAUUGUUCACACAUUGGUUUGGAUUUUCUCUUUGUUCUGAAGAGUAAUAUAAAUACAUUUUCUGAUAAUAAAUCAUGUACAGUUACUAUUUGAACGUAUGUAUUUUAUGUAUAGCUGUUUUAUACUUUUGCACUUUUGAAAAAUAAAGUUUUGAACCAAAAUAUA